UCCAUCCUAUCCCCCUUCCCAGCUUCACUCUCAGGGCAGGAACACAGAUUUCAGUUUUUCUCUCUUGAAGGGAAACCUGGGGAAUCCCCCUUAAUUAUCCGAUCACCUCCAGUCUUCCCUGAAAACCUAGUUCCCUCUAGGACCCAGGAGGAAGUCUCUUUUCGCCCUACCGCUUGGCCAGGGGCCGGUCCCCCGCAGGAGUUCCUGGUUCCUGGGGUGGGGUGGGAGCCAUCACGAGAUAGGACGACCGCCCCGCCCCCGCACCUGUUCUCAACGUCCCAGCCCGGAGGGACCCUCCGCCCCCUGCUCUCAGGUCUGGCUGCCAUGAAACUGCACCGGAAGCCUGUGCUUAGCUACCUUCGGGGAACAGGCGCCCGGGCCCCAGACCGGGAGGGAACCUUGCUGAAGAAGGGAACCCGCAAUUCCAGCUACCAGCGCCGCUGGUUCAUCCUCCGCGGCAAUCUGCUGUACUACCUGGAGCACCAAGGGGAUCGGACCCCACUGGGCCUUAUCUUGCUGGACAACUGCCGGGUGGAGCCCCGAGACAGCGCCGCCGAGCCCUUCGCCUUCGCCAUCCUGGCCUCCGCAGAAGGCGGCCGGAGCUACAAACUGGCGGCGGAGACGAAGGAUGAUUUAGACGGCUGGCUUCAAGCCCUGGUUUGGGCCGGAUGGAGCCAGCUGUGGGAGCUCCUGCAGCCCUUACAGGAGCAGUACCAAAGAGUGUGCCAAGAGGCUGGAGUAGAACCCCAGGCGCCCCCGCAGGAAGACAGGUUUCCGGGCCUCCCCUGCUCUCCAGCCCCCUCUGGCUUCCCCGAGCUGCACCAGCGCUUUGGGGAAGAGAUCCAGGCACUUGCCAGGUCCAGGGCCAACAGGAGGCAAAUGGACCUCAUGGAGUUUGGGUGAGGGAGGAACCAGAAUCCUGGGCUUGGGGGAGAGGAAGAAUGUAGCAGGUCUAGAGCGCUCUAAGGGACAUCUGGGAUUGACAUUUAAUCUUGGGACAACUAAAAUAAAGAAAGUUCACACAAGCCGGAAGCACACUUCAAUAAAAGUCCCAAAGCUAAGCA